AUGAGAAAAUGGCUAAUCACCAUGGUAGUUUCACAAAUGGCGCUCUGCAUCACAUGUGCGAGUUCUAUUUACACUUCAACAUACACCAACUUGGAGGCCGAAUUUCACAACUCAAGGAUCAUAUCGACUCUCGGGCUAUCAACUUUUGUUCUCGGUUUGUCGCUAGGGCCGAUGCUAUUCAGUCCUCUUAGCGAGUUUUAUGGGCGGAGGCCGAUCUACUUGAUCUCGUCCACUUGCCACCUCCUUUUUCUGAUCCCCCAAGCGACAGCAAGAAACAUCACUACAUUAGUUGUCCUUCGCUUCUUGGACGGUUUCUCAGGGAGUGCUUUCCAAGCUGUAUCCGCUGGAACCGUCCGAGAUUUGUUUUCAAACGACGAAUUACAAGCGCCCAUGCUGCUGUUUUCCAUAUGUCCGUUCAUUGGACCAAGCCUAGGACCCUUAGUCGGCGGAUUCAUCAACUAUUAUACCGGGUGGCGCUGGACGUUCUACGUCCUCAUAAUGUGGUCUUUUGUACUAGAGCUGGGAAUUGUCUUUCUUGUCCCCGAAACUUAUCAUCCCAUUCUCUUACGGAACAAGGCUCGCAAUCUUCGGAAAGAAACCGAGGAUGAUCGUUGGAAAGCAGCUUCGGAGAUGCAUUCCAAAUCUGUGCUCGGUGCAGUUGGAAUAUCAUUACUGCGGCCCAUUCAGCUCCUCAUUUUUGAGCCAAUGUGUCUCUCUCUUUGCCUCUUCUCGGCUUUGCUACUUGGCAUACUAUACUUAUUCUUUGGAGCUUUCCCUCUUGUUUUUAGAGAGACUUAUGGCUUCAAUCUCUAUCAAAUUGGCUGUAGCUUUCUGGGGAUCUUGGUUGGUAUGCUGCUGGGUAUUGCCACAGAUCCGAUAUGGCAUAAAGUCAGGAUAAGACUCAUUUUGAAGAACAAGGGCCAAGGCGAAAAUAGAGAUGGCAGCGAGCCUGAGUUCCGACUUCCACCCGCUAUGUUCGGGUCUAUUCUUGUUCCGGUGGGAAUUUUCAUGUUUGGUUGGUCCAUGUACCCUUGGGUGCAUUGGAUAGUUCCCAUCGUUGGUACAGCCAUGUUCGGGGCUGGAAACAUCCUUCUUUUCACUGGUAUCUGGACCUUUCUGGUUGAAGCUUAUCCCAGGUAUGCUGCCAGUGCGCUAGCUGCUAAUUCUUUUGUCCGUUGCCUGGCGGCUGCUGCAUUUCCGCUUUUUGGAAAUCAGAUGUACGUGAGGCUCGGGUUUCAAUGGGCCUCAUCACUUUUAGGCUUCUUGUCUAUUGGAAUGAUGGUCUUUCCUUACCUAUUCUUCAAAUAUGGAAAGCUUAUUCGUGGCAAGAGUAAGUUUGCCAAUGCGUCGGUCUCUCUGUAA